AUGCUCGCUCACCGAGCCGCUUGCUUCGAUGCUGACGUUCACUUGCUUAGAAUCAAAGACCGCCAGCGAAUGCGGCCCUCGUCAAACCCACCGCAACCUCCGCCCGAACCAACUGCAUCAAAACAAGAACCUAUAGACAAGGACGACCCGAGUGUCCAGGAUUCUGUGGCCGGUCAUGAUAGGCAAGGGGCCGUUAGUCCAUCUUCAGAAAAGAAUAAAAGGAAGGACGGCGAUCAGAGGUCUUCACACCCAAAGCGCAGUCGGGCAAGACAGCCAAAUCAAGCUUCUGGUGCCAGCCGAGCGGAAGAUAGUGAUUUCCAAAGGGACCCCGCGCACAAGGCCGGCAGGCUAUGGACCCCUGAGGAAGGUUCCUCUACUCCCCGGCGGACCGAUGCCGGGCGAUCCAGGGAGAAAGAUGGCGCAGACCUGCCUCGAGCAGCUUCCAAUCGGUCGUUCGAGCAUUCGCGUUCCUCUGACUUUGAUAAUACUGAGGUACUAAUCAAGCAGCCAGAGACGCGCCCUAUUAGCCAAGAGCAGCUUGUUGCUGAGGUGAAGGGCAUUUAUGCUGGGCUCGUCAUGGUUGAAUCGAAGUGUAUCGAGGUCGACAACGCUCAGAGUUCAAAUAACGAGACCAACCCCAAGCUAAAUAAUGAACAGUGGCAGGCAUUGAUCGCUUUGCACCGAACAUUGCUGCACGAACACCAUGAUUUCUUCCUUGCUUCUCAGCAUCCCUCGGCGAGUCCGGCACUACGACGGCUCGCAAGCAAGUAUGCCAUGCCGGCGCGCAUGUGGAGGCACGGGAUUCAUUCAUUUUUGGAGCUUUUGCGGCACCGUCUGCCUGCCUCACUCGAACAUAUGCUCACGUUCAUUUAUUUGGCAUAUUCUAUGAUGGCUCUAUUGUACGAGACUGUUCCAACUUUUGAGGAUACUUGGAUUGAAUGCCUCGGCGACUUGGGCCGCUAUCGUAUGGCUAUUGAAGAUGAUGAUCUUAAGGAUAGAGAGGUCUGGACUUCAGUCUCUCGCCAUUGGUACUCAAAGGCUAGUGAUAAAGCCCCUCAAACGGGUCGCCUUUAUCAUCACCUCGCAAUUCUGGCUCGUCCCAAUGCUCUGCAGCAGCUUUUCUAUUACACCAAGUCUCUCUGCGUGCCAGUUCCUUUCCUGUCUGCUCGCGAGUCAAUUAUGACUCUGUUCGACCCGCAUCUCAAUGGCACACAGACGAGGCUGCAGGAAAUUGACGCAGCCUUUGUCCGCGCUCACGCAAUCCUCUUUUCGGGCAAGAACACAGAUCAACUCCCCUCGUCUAUCAACGAGUUCAUCGACAGCUUGGAUAACCACAUCGCACGUCACACUAGUCGCUGGCGUGAUAGCGCGUAUUACAUUUCUAUCGCGCUAGGGUGUUCACUUCUCGAAUAUGGUAGCGAGAGCAAUCCUAUUAUGAGAGCCAUCAAAUCAGGCCGUGCCGACGACGCAGACGUUCCAAUGGAUGAAGCUGAAACCAUAGCCGCUCCAACACAGAAGUUUUUGGACGCCCUGGACUUUGCGGCUCGUACUCAUAACGUUGUGUUGAGGCGCUUCGGCGACGAGAACAUCCGUCCCUACCUGCACGUCACACUCUCACUCCUCCAACACUUGUCUCAGUUUCCUGCAGCGAUGGGACUGAUAGAAGAGAAGAUGCCUUGGAAGCUCAUUGCGUUGCUCCUCAACACUAUCAUGCCCACGGAGAUGCCUACUGAAAUUAUCAAGACCAUUGAGUCGGAAGACUUCCCCCGGCCAGAUAAGGGUGAUCCUCGUCCUCUGCCGGACGACUUCGCGCAGCGGGGCCUCCUUUGGGUUGAUAAAUACUAUCCGAGCGAUUGGUUUACGGCCACGAAAGUGGACGACGAUGAAAAGUAUUUCGAGGUUGCGUCAAUGAUGGAAGAGCGCUCACAGCGCUGUCUUUGGCUGGGUUGUCGACUAGCAACAUCGGGCAAGUGGCUGACUUACGACGAAGAAACCAAACAAUUCGGUGUGGCACCGCAGUUCGAUAUAGAAAUACCUGACCUCAGCAGCGACGUCACGUCUCCAGAUGGCGAUAUGAUCAUUCCCGAUGCUCCCAUUGCGAGUCAAUGA